ACAACUGCCUUGCGUUUGCAAUGAAGGUCGUUACCUGGAACAUAAAUGGCAUAAGGACGUUCAGGGGUGGCAUUAAAAAGACACUGGAUUCGCUGGACGCGGACAUUGUCUGCGUUCAGGAGACAAAGGUCACAAGAGACCUGCUUGAUGAGAGAACCGCCAUCGUUGACGGCUACAACUCCUAUUUCAGCUACAGCCGAGGACGCAGCGGUUAUUCAGGAGUCGCCACUUACUGUAAGGACAGCGCCACCCCCUUUGCUGCUGAGGAGGGUCUCUCUGGACAGUUGACCAGCCAUGAUGGAGCCGUUGGUUGCUAUGGCGACCACACCGAGUUCUCCAACGCGGAGCUGCAGCUUCUGGACAACGAAGGACGAGCCGUGAUCACACAGCAUAGAAUCAUGUGUCGGGGCAAAGAGGAGUCUCUUACUGUGAUCAACGUAUACUGUCCCCGCGCCGAUCCCGAGAAGCCGGAGCGAAAGCAGUUCAAGCUGCAGUUCUACAAGUUGCUUCAGUGUCGAGCUGAGGCUUUGCUGAACGCUGGCAGCCAUGUGAUUGUUUUAGGAGAUGUAAAUACUUCUCACCGGCCUAUAGACCACUGUGACUCCAGUGAAAUAGAUGAUUUUGAGGAAAACCCCGGGAGGAAAUGGCUAAAUGGUUUCCUGCACAGUGGCAAACAAGAAGCGGACGGAAAUCAGGAGGAACACGACGAAUCUGGGAUCCCGCCAGCAGAUUCCGUCCAUGCUGGAAGAUUUGUGGAUACGUUUCGCCAUUUCCACCCAACCCGCACCAACGCCUUCACCUGCUGGUCCACUCUCACCGGAGCCCGGCAAACAAACUAUGGCACUCGCAUUGAUUAUAUAUUUGCUGAUUGCCAGCUAGCGGAGGAGUAUUUUGUGGCAGCAGACAUCAUGCCUGAGGUGGAGGGGUCAGAUCACUGCCCUGUGUGGGGUCAACUAAGCUGCCCUCUCCUGCCCAGCUCCAAGCCCCCCUCCCUCUGCACGCGCUAUCUACCAGAGUUCGCAGGAAAGCAGCAAAAACUGUCUCGCUUCUUUGUUAAGGUGGACCAAAGAUCUGUCCAGUCUCAGCAGAAGGAGGAAUUACCUGGUUCUCAAGAUGACGGAGAAAGGAGGGAGAAUUUAAACCCACUGGAGUCUGAAAAUGUUAAAAAAAGAACAUUAAUAUCAGAAUCUGAUGCCCCGAAAGGGAAGAAGACAAAGAUUGUAAAGUCUUCUUCAAAGCCUCAGGGUAGCCUCCUUUCUUUUUUCAAACCUAAACUUACGAAUGUUCCUCCCACUGAAGCAUCAGUCAGAAGCCAAAUGACCUCGGAAGACUCUCCAAAAGCAUCUACAAUAAGAGAAAAGGCGUCAGUUGCAGACAGGUCACCUGAAGACACAGAGGCCGUCUGUGAGAGCUCCUCACAGGUAGAGGAGCAGAUCAAGUCAAAGCAUUCGGACCCACAGGUGAACGUGGGACCUACGGAGGCCAGGAAGGGGGAAUCCUUGGUGUUUUGGAAGUCUGUGUUUCGGGGACCGCCCCCAGCGCCCUCCUGUAAGGUCCACGGGGAGCCCUGUGUGCUCCGUACUGUAAAAAAGGAAGGACCAAACAUGGGCAAGCAGUUCUUUGUGUGUGCCCGUCCUCAGGGACACGCCUCCAACCCAGAGGCUCGCUGUAACUUCUUUGAAUGGGUUGACAAGGGGAAGUGAUUGUUUACUGAAUGGACCCCAAGUUGUUGUUCUUUACUCGUGAACUCAAAGAUGUCUCUUCAUUUCAUAGAUUUUAAUUAUUGAUUUUCUUUGUCAUACCCAAAAAUAAACAGAAUUAGUUUCUUAUCA